AUGCAGCAGCAUCAUCACCAUAGUCACGUCCUCCAAUCCCUCACCAUUCUCCUGCUACUACCCCCGCUCCUCUUAGCCAUCGAACAGACCCCGGAAAACCGAUCAUUUGCCCUGCCAUCCUGUGUACAUCUCUGUGUUUUCGACCACUCCACAGAACUGUUCGUUCCACGUCUCUGCCGAUCAUCGGCUCUCCUGUCAGCAGCACGUAACUGCACGUUUCUUACCUGCGUGGGUGAGGCCGCUGAUAGUAGACAGCUGGUUGACGAGUGGUUCACACAUAUGUGUGAUCACGUCCCAGAGCGAGAGUGUAGGCCAAUGGACGUUUAUAGACCGGGUGUGCAGGUGUAUAAUGCCAUGCGGGCAAAUAUCGCUAGCCGUCUGGGGGCAGAAGAGAUAGUUGCGGUGGGGCUGUUGACCGUGGUGACGGUGGUGGCUGUCCUGUUGCUGCUGGGCGGGAGCACAUAUGUGUGGAUGGGAUGGAGGAAUAGGAUGGUGAGAGAAUUUGAAGAAAUGAUGCAAAGGAAAGAUAUGGAGAGGAGAAGGGAGGAGAGGGAGAGGAGGAGGAAGGAAUAUAGGAGAUAUUGGGGUGCAGAUGGAGACGGAGAAGGGAUAGUGGUGCGGGUGGAGAUGGGCGUCAGAAAUCAAAGAGAAAAUGAAUAG